AAAUAAUUAUUUUUGAUAUAGAUUGUAUGAUCAAGAAUUUUCUUUUACUAAGUUUACUACUAUAUAGUCUAUAAGGAACUGACAUUUAUUUAGAAGAAGUUAUGGAUUGUGUAUAAAACAUUUGUGAACCUGAAAGAAGGGCUUGUGGUAUUGAUAUUGAUUGUAGGUAAUAAAAGAUUUAAAAAUAAAAGAUCAUCUUAUAAUAACUUUACAAGUUGCAUCUAAUUAAAGUCUAGUGAAUCAGAUUAUAUUUAAUGUAGAACAAAUGGUUACAUGACAUGGGUAUAGGUAAUGGAUUGUUAUAAUAAUUGUCAUUAUUUUGAACUUUUUGCAAUGUCUAUAUGGUUUCCAAUAUUAAUAAUUAAAAUAAUUUAAUGA